UGCGAGCACAUAUAUUAUUGCUGAACUAUAAUUGCCUUCGGUUUUUCAUCUUAGCGGCUCCUUUUCGCUUAAUUUUUCCUCUGGCAACCCAUUGCCUUUCUCCCCCUGACUCUUCAAACUUCUCCCCACCGUUACCUUCUCCAUCUUUUCCUCUUUCCUCAAGCUUCGAAGCUGGGAUCGUGCGGCAUUUCAAAAACUUCCACUGAUACGUUGGAGCCGAAGGACCUUUUCCACCAAAGAGUUCGAGCGCAAGCUGGACUCGGUACUCUGCCGCGAGAAGAGCGAAAAAGGAUUUUUUGGUACAUUACGCACGCGUAUUUAGCAGUACACUCUUCACUCGGAUCUCAUUUGAGGGUGCCCAAUGUCGUCCCAAGUAUUCAAAAUCCUCGCCAUCGUAGUGAUCGUUGCACUAAUGAUGACGCAAACGAUAUGCCGACCAGACGCAUACCUGUCUUACAAAGACAAGCGGCUCGGGGCUGACAAGUACUGCGGUCACAAGAUCCCUGAUACUUUGUCGGUCGUCUGCAAAGGCGCUUACAACAGCAUGUUCAAGAAGGACGGUAACCAAGCGGGUUCAGACGACUAUCAGUACUACGACGACGGCAUGCCCUUCCGACGACGAAACGAUGCCACCAACCUACUGGCCCGGCUCGCAUACCGCCGGAGUCGUCGUCAGGAUCAGUCAAACGGCAUUUACAAUGAGUGCUGUCUGAAACCAUGCACGAUUGACGAGCUGCUCAGCUACUGUGCGGACAGUCCCUCCAAAAAAUAGGCACUUCACAUUGAUCAUCAGAUAUUUUAUUAUAGUUAUUAUUAUUAUUAUUAUUAUUAUUAUUACUAUUAUUAUUACUAUACGACUAAUGUUUAAUGCGAAGCGCAAUGGAUAACACAAUGUAAAUGUUAUCACACAUCAAUUUUAAUGUCCAUGCAUGGCAUUCAUUUACUUUAAGAUCUCUUUACUUUAAUAAUAUUAUGACAUACAAGUUUAAGUGAAAAAUUUCUGUAUAAUCAUUUAAAAAUUUUUUUUACAUACAACUUGAUUUUAAUAGCGCAUGUUCAUAUUAAAAACAGUUUUAAUCGUAUCAAUCAAUCGAUCCCGUAACAAUUUACGACAUGAAAAAUUUUUCGACGUAUCCAAGAAUAAUAUUCAGCAAGUCACUUCAAUGAAAUUUCGCAAUAAAGAUUUCAAAUUGAAAUUUAAUCUUAAUAAUUCUUCUCAUCACCCUUUGUUCGAAAUAAGCUAUAUAUUGGUGAUAGCGUUGAUUGGAGUAGAAUGAUUUAAUGAAAAGCGUAUUAAUUUUACUUGUGAUUGACGGUUGUUUACCUACUUUUUCGACUUUAAUUGAAUUUGUUUAGCCGAAAAUUCGUCGAAAUGGAAGUAAAAUCAAUAUUUCGUUAUUGAUUUUAUUUCGACGAGCUUAAAAAAAGGAGUGUACACAUACAGGAAGAAAAUCGAUAUGAAAUAACUACUAUCACAAAUGUAUGUUUCUAUUUUUUUUAAUCACAAAAAAAUGUUUCAAACAAACAAUAUGGUACGUGAAAAAAGCUGUAGAUCAAGACAAGAAAAUUUUCAUGA